AUGAUCAACCUGUUUAAGGUCUAUUUGACGCUAGAUAUUGAAACCACGCACCCCAAUCUUAUCUCAGAAGACAGAAGAAAUGUGACGUUGGGAAAGAUGAAAGCAAACUUUCCUUACAUCUCAACAGCUUUCCAUUUUGCCAGCCAUCCAGAGUCUUCAGAGGUGGUCUCUGGCAGGCAUUACCGGCAGGCGGAAAGCAGUGCUGAGCUCGGAUUCAACUACUCUGUGAUCAAGGAGCUCCUCUGGACACCUACCUGUGCACCUGAGGCCAGUGGCCUCACAGGAACAAGACAUUCAGGACAGGAAGCACGCGCAGUGGCGGUCGAAGCAGCCCUGGCAGGACUCCAGGCAGAAGCCAACUGUCCCAUCUGUCUGGAUUAUCUGAGAGACCCUGUCACCAUCGAAUGUGGCCACAACUUCUGUCGAUCUUGCAUCCAACAGUCCUGGGAAGACCGCUGGGACAUGUUCCUUUGCCCCGUCUGCCGUCACCCGUGCCAACAGAGGCACUUCAGGAGCAACGCCCAGCUGGGAAGGAUGAUUGACGUCGCCAAGCUCCUCCACAUCACCAGGAGCAAGAAGAAGAGGCAGGAAGAGAGGCGCUUACGCGAGAAGCACAACCAGCUCCUGACCCUCUUCUGUGAGGAGGACCUGGAGGUGUUGUGUGCCCUGUGCACUCAGCCCCCUGACCACCAGGGCCACCAGGUGAGGCCCCUGGAGGAGGCCGCCUCUCAUCACAGGCAGAGACUCAGCAGUUACAUCGAGCCCCUGAAGAAGCAGGUGGCAGAUGUUCAGAAAUUAAUAAGCAUUCAAAGCAAAAAGCCCUUGGAACUGAGAGAGAAGGUGAAAAAUCAGAGACGGAAAUUAGCCUCUGAGUUUGAGCACGUGAACCGCUCUAUAGCACGUGAGCAAGAGGCGGUUCUGGCAAGGCUGGCUGAGGAAGAGAGGGACAUUCACCGGAAACUCAGUGCAAACAUUACCGCAUGUUCAGACCACAUUUCCACCCUCAGAGGCCUACUGAAGGAGGUGGCAGAGAGGUGCGCGAUGUCCGAGGUGAGACUGCUGACCGACAUCAGGAGCAUCCUCCACAGGUGCGAGCGCCUGGACCCCCCAGCUCCCUACUCGAUCCAGUUAAGGAAAGAGGGGUGCAGCCUCCCUCCGCAGUAUUCGGCUCUGCGGAAAAUUAUUCAGAAAUUUAAAGAAGAAGUUACUCUGGAUCCUGAAACAGCACAUCCUAAUCUGCUUGUCUCUGAGGACAAAAAGGCUGUGACAUUUGUGAGGAAAAAGCAAAGAGUUCCUCGCAAUCCAAAGAGAUUUACAGUGGAUCCAGUCGUCCUGGGUUCUGAAGGGUUCGACUGUGGCCGACAUUACUGGGAGGUCCAGGUGGAUGACAAGCCUGAGUGGGCCGUGGGGGUUUGUACAGAUUCCCUUUCCAGAAAGGGAAAGCGGCCCCCUUCAGGACACAGCAGACGCUGGACAAUUCAGCUGCAGAAUGGUGACUAUGUGGCACAAGGCGCUGUUCCUGUCCCUCUUGUGCUGAAGGAAAAGCCCAGAGAGGUUGGCAUUUAUCUGGACUGUGAGUUGGGUAACAUUUCAUUUUACAGUUUGAAUGACAGGUCUCACAUCCAUUCUUUCACGGAUACAUUUUCUGAAGUGCUAAAGCCUUACUUCUGUAUCGGACGUGACUCUAAACCUGUGAUGGUCUGUGCAGUGAGAGAUUAUGAAGGAUGA